UGCAAUAAGACUGUAGAUAUCUAUAGUACAAGUACGGAAAGCAGUAAUGUACAUAGUGUGUGAAGAAACCUUGAUCCAUUGACUGAGACUUAUGGGUUGUCAUUUUAUAUGCUUUAUUUAGCUCAUUGGCCAGAAUAUGUUCAAGUAGCUGAAUCUCCUAGUGGAGAAAUAAUGGGAUACAUUAUGGGAAAAGCUGAAGGAAGUGGAGAAUCAUGGCAUGGACAUGUAACUGCUCUCACAGUAUCUCCGGAUUACAGAAGAUUGGGUCUUGCUGCAAAAUUGAUGAAAUACCUAGAAGAAGUUUCUGAAAAAAAACAAGCUUACUUCGUGGAUUUAUUUGUUCGUGUCAGUAAUAAAGUGGCAAUACAGAUGUAUCAGCAAUUGGGUUACAUUGUUUAUCGAACUGUAUUAGAAUAUUACAAUGGAGACCCAGAUGAAAAUGCAUACGAUAUGAGAAAAGCUUUAUCACGGGAUGUGUUAAAACAAUCAGUCAUACCUUUACUUCAUCCAGUACGACCAGAAGAAGUUGAAUGACAUUGGUUUGACGAAGCAAAUAUGGAUGUGGUUUAUGUUUAAACAUUACUCAGCAUAUUUCAGAUGGUUUUUUUAAAAAUAUACUCAUAAUUUAUAAAUUUUAUAAUGUCUAAUAAAAACUACUGUCUAGUAUAAUAGAUGUAGAGUUUAAUGACAAUGAUAGUAAUAAUUUUGACAAUGAAAUUUUUAUUAAUUUACUUGUACAAAAGUACAAUCAUUGGUAAAUUGAAUCAUCAUAAAUUGUCUUCUCAUUCAAUUGUAAAUAAUACACAGAAAAUAAAAUAUUACAUUAACAAUAGACUAAGUUCACACACAAUUUUUUAUGAAAAAUGGCCUUUAAUUUUUUUUAUCCUAAAAACAAUUAAGGUAAAAGACUCAAAACACGAACCGUACCAUUAGUCGCUCACGUUAACUAAUAAAUACGUUAUUAUAAUUUUUAUAGAAAAAAAAUUUUCAAUAAAAAAAUAAUCAUUGAUAAAUAAUUAUUUGUGAAUCUAAAUAUAUGAGAGCAUUACUAUCAAAGUAUUUUGUAAUUUGUUAUAAAUUGAAAUUAAGAGACUGUUUUUGAAAUCGCAUUAAAUUGGCCAUUUUUUACUUUAAGGGAGGAAAGAAGUCUGAGAUACAAAAGAAGGAGCAUAUUUUUGUGAUUUUUCUUUUCAGAGUACCUUCUUUAUUAAAAUUCUUAAAAUUUGUGACGUUAUUAAACAUCAUUCCACGAAUAUUCUGCUAACUUUUCGUAAAGAAAUAUUGAAAAAUAAGCCAGUGGUAGUGGGGAAAGACGAGUCACCUCAAAAAAAAGUAUCUAAACUGUAGGCAGAAUAACUCAUGUUUCAUUUAAAAUCAAAAAACCAAAAAGAUUUCUUUAGUACAUAAGUUCAUCUUAGAUUUGAACGAAGCAUUUUUUUUUUUCAAUGAGUAUUUAUUUUUUAAUGAAACAAAAGAAAGAAUUUUUGGCAAAAAUCAGAGUUUUUUGAUUGCGCCUUUACCAAAAAUUAAAAAAUGAAUAUUUUGUUUAUUCCUUCAUUCAAAUCCAAGACAAACUUAUGUACUAAAGAAAUCUUUUUGAAUUUUUUAUUUUAGAUGAGUCAUGAGUUAUACAGCCUGCAGCAUGGAGACUUUUUUUUUAAAGUGACUCGUCUCUCCCCACUACCAUUGGCUUAUUUUUCAAUAUUUUUUUAUGAAAACUUAGCAGAAUAUUCUUAGAAUGAUGCUUAAUAAUGUCACGAAUUUAAAAAAUUUUAAUAAAGAAGGUACUCUAAAACAACAACCAAAAAAUAUGCUCUUUUUAGGUAGAUUUUUAAAAAAAUCUAGAUAUUGUAUUUGUCCUUAUGGUCGAUUUUUCAAGGAAUUUUGUCAUAACCUAUCAUAAUUAGUUGAAUAGAGUUCGAAAAUACCAUUCGUUGAAAA